GGCUUUUUAGGAGAAGUAACAUUGUGGAUCAUCGCACCGCACUUUGCGGACGUCGUUUUAUUGAGACACAGGCACGUUUGCAGUUGAGAUUAAGACGGGAAAAUAUUAAAUCCACCUCAAUGCUCUUGCUUGGGAUUAGAUUUAUGACUUAAUUUCAUCGAGUGGAAAGCUUGAAAGCCGUCCCGCUGUCUGUCCGGACCAUGUGAGUUACGAGGAUUUACGGCAAACUUAAUGGAUGUACUUUCUCAUCUUACUAUGAUUCAGUUUUGGAGAGUCUGACGCAGCUCAAAUGCUGCCCUUUCACACAAGUAUGAUGCUUUUCCGAAUACUGGUUCUGAUUGUUUUUCAAGGCGUUUUGAUGUCCCACGUGAAAUCCGAGAGCGACCCCAGCAGUGUGCGGGACUCCAAGGUGAUGGGCUCCACGGGAUCCGAGGCUUCCGAGCCGUCUGAGACCUCAAGGUCCAGACAAAAGCGCUGCACCUGUUAUUCCUACACGGACAAAGAGUGCGUCUAUUACUGCCACCUGGACAUCAUCUGGAUUAAUACUCCUGAGCGCACUGUGCCUUAUGGUAUGUCUAACUACAGAGGACCAAAGAGAAGGAGACGUGAUGCUGCUGCAGCACCAGCGCCUGAAGGUGGCCGAACUCAGACACGUCGCUGUAUCUGUGCUGUGACAGAUGCAGACUCUGGGUGUCAACGCUUCUGUCUGUCAAGCCCACAUCAGACUCAACUAUCCAGGAGUCCCCACAGAGUCCCCUGACUUGGAUGAUGCCACAACAACCAUCCAUCUUCUGCUGUUCCUUCCUAGGUCAAUGGAUCUUUCCGCUCCCCUUCACCCACUUCCCUUUGACCUCCGUUUGGCUCCUUGACUCCCAGAUACAAACUGUGAAAAGGAAGAACUUCUGAGUUGCUUACUGCCAACAUUCCUCUGCAUCAAAACUCUUGGAACAAGUUCCAUCAGGCCAACAGGUUUCAAGAAGUCAUCACAAAAAUUUGAUGCAGACCUCUUGGGGCUAUUCUUACUUUUUGCUACCUUUUUGAGAGAACCAAAGGGAUUGUUUUCACCAUAAUAUCAAUGCAAUAGCAAGUGACCUUGCUUAUGUCAAGCUUGACCAGACCAACUCUUUGGUUUUGGUUUAUUUGCUGUCGACUGUAACUCUCAAAAUUUGUUUUGUCUAGACCAACAUAUAAGCUUAUAAAAGUAUAUGAGAUGGUUUGUUCCGCAGAACAGGCCACAAAGCAAUAAAUGUCCAAAGAAAUCAAGGAAAAUAGAAACAGGGAAUAUUGGGGUGAGGGCUUGCCAUAAAAAUAGGGAAACAAAGGCUGGAAGUUGGAGCGCAAAAGUACUGAACAUACUGUUUUAAUGUAAUCUUUUCCAAAUUAUUAAUCAUUGAUAGGAAAGACACUGACAGCCCAAUUUAUGAGCACACCUUACUUGUAAUGUAUUCUUACUUCCCUUCAGAGCUGCUCUGAUUCUUUGCUGCAAAGAUUCCGCAAAAUGUGCCUUACAUCAAGUAACAAGUCUGAGGUUAUUUCAGAUUUGUGACUCAGGUGGGGUGUGGCAUUCAAAUUUCGCACAGUUGGUACUAAGGAACCCAAAUAGUGCCAGAAAUAUUCCCCAUACUAUAACAGCACCUACACUGGUCAGAACUGUUGAUGGCCGGAUGGACUCAUACUCUGCAGAUAUUUAAUCCAAACUCUGACCCUAUCAUCUAAAUGAUGCAUCAACAUUGCUACUUACCUGACCAUACAAAACAACAACAGUUUUGUAGUUUGCUACUGUUCAGUGUUGGUAAGCAUGGAUGAAUGGUAACUUCAGAGUGGUUUCUGAUGUGGUUUUAUGCUGCUGUUGCUCACCUACUGCACGUUUUGAAGAGUUUUACAUUCAAAGGUGGCAUUCCUUGGAUGUAGUUGUUAGUCAUUUGGGCAAUAAAGAUUGACACGAACAGGUAGAGUAGAGCUGCAUGAACUGUACUCAAUCGUGACUUGAAUAUAACCAUAAGCCAGUAAUCUAACAUUACUUAAACUCUGACAUGAGCUGGUAUAGAAAAUGGUCUUAUGUGGUAAAUGGUCUGUAUUUGUAUAGCGUUUUAUCAGGUCCAGAGGACCCCAAAGCACUUCACACUACAUUCAUUCAUUCAUGAAUAAUACCACCUCUGAUUUUUAUGUAAGACAGUCCUAUGUUACAUAGAAAUGUCCAUUGGCAUUAUGUUUUCAGGUCACCCUGAUUAUUCUUUGAAAAACAUGUAUUUAUACAGCAGGAAGUGAAACUGUUUGUCCUCAAACAUCGUGAUUGAAUCAGGAGAAAUGGGCAAGUGUAAGGAUUUAACAAAAUUGAACGUGAUUCAGAUUUUCAAAGCAUCUCUAAAACCGCAGUUUUGGUGUUUCUGGUCUGUCGUGGUCAGUGUUUCCUAAAGUAGUCCAAGAAGAGACAACUAUAGGGUCAUGGUCAACCAAGGUUUACUGAUGCUUUGGUGUUUCUGGUCUGUCGUGGUUGGCCCAUGUGGUCAGACCUAACACUCAAAUAGUUGAAGUUAAUGGUGUUUCUGACACAAACAUGUCCAAGUACACAAUGUGAUUUAGUAUAUGUCAUAGCAUACCUGCUGGCCAGUGGAUACAAUAUUUCCUUAUAGAUACAUCUUCUUUUUCCAGGAUUAGAGAUGGCAACAAGUUUGAGGUGUGGACUUCCAGACAAUCUCAAUUCAAUCAAGCAUGUUGAUUAAAUUGAGGAGGUCAGGCACCUGUCUUCCUUGCCUUUGUCUGUUUAUUGUCUUCUAUGAAUGAAAUGAAUUUUGUUGUGCUUCUGUACAAAACCAAUACAAAGCAUUCUGAUUCUGAUUCUGAUGUUUGGGAUGUGCUGGAUAAAUAAGUCCAAAUCACAGAGACCCCAUCCUUGGAUCUCACAAGACUUAAAAGAUCUGCUAAAAUAUGUUGGCGCUAGAUAUUACAGUGCACCUUCAGCAUUCUUGUGGAGUUCAUCCUUUGACGGAUCGGGGUGUUUUCAGCAGCAAAAGCAGACCAAAAUACUAACAGACACAUGACUAUAAUGUUAAGCUUUAUGAGUGUUUAGUUUGUCUAUAACUUUGGACAUGACAUGAAAUGCACACCAUCCCUACUACAGAAAUCUUCUAUAGUUAGUUGGAAGGAACAUCAGCCUUAAAGAAAAAUAACAGUGGACUUGUGAAUGUUGCAUUCUGUAAAAUUAAAGACAUUGGGAUUAUCCCCAUGUUUACAAAAGAAUCCAGUUUAAUCCCCAAGAAUUUCCACAAGCAGUUAUUUUAUUAUUUUGUAAACUAUGUAUAGCAUGUAUAAUGUGUAUGCAUAACUUGUAUGUACAUUUCAGAUUGCUGUAUUCAUACAUACCAAUGCAAUAUCACGUAUACUGGGAUGAUGCUAAUUGAAUAAUGAUCAAUGAUUGUGAUUUGAAGAUUCCACUAAUUUGUCUAGCCAGUCGAACAGUUUUCAUUGUUGGAACAGACUGUGAGUUAAAGGUAAAUUAAUUAUCUUACUCUCUUGUUAAAACACGUUGCUAGAAUCUUAUUUGUUAUUGUUUUCCUGCAUCUCAUCUUGUAAUAAAUAAUUUCUUUCUUUUUUUUUUUGACAGUCUA